AUGCUACAAUUCUCAAAAUUUUACAAUUAAUUUUCGAGGCUAAGUUAGAAGCUUACGACAAAAUGCAAAUUAAUUACUGUUAGGGAUAUUUCCCUUGCAUAUGUUAUUUCCGAGUCGAAAACGAUUACACUGCAGAUUUCACACUAUAAAGUCUUCGAUGAAGCCACAACCCUUUUAAAGAGAAAAGUGAAGCAUGGACUGCAGAUUGAUUUUGCUCGGUCGUUUUCUGGCCUUUCUUCUUCUGUUCGUCCAAUGUGGGUUCCUGACAGCUUUUCUUGUCUGGUACAGAGAUGAUUUUCGUUUCCUGCUCUCGUUUCUGUUGUUUACUCCAGCCCUGAUUUAUUAUGUAUUUUGUCUGGCCACUGCGGCUAAACUUCGUAACGUGUUCCGUACAUGGGGUCUCUACAUUUUGUUCGGUUUGAUCCCUUUCAUCGCAGUUAUUUUUGCGUUGUGCGGAGACGUACUCGACGAGGAGAAAUUCCUCAGUCCGACCUGUUUGAAAGUGAUCCUGUGCAUCACGCCUGUUCCCUUUCUCCUUCUGGUGAAUACAGCAAGCGAUUUGGGUGAACACAAAGAGUACACAGCCCUGGCCUGGACACUGUCUAUUGUGACAACAAUAGAUCUUGUCGAUGGCGUCGAGAUCCUGGAUAUUGUGCUUGAGGAAAGAGAGAACAGUCAUGGUAUCCCAAAAGAGUUUGAAUACGCUAUGAUAACAGCGGCGUGCGUGAGCUUCCUGUCGACUUUGCUGCAAAUUGCGCAGCAUAGACUCAACGAAGGAAAAGUUUCUCUUCACCGAGGAGUGGCGAUCCUCGCAAAUGCUUUGCAAAUCAUCUUCGUGAAUUCGGCGUUCAUGGUAAUGCGACUGAUACUGCUUAUAGAGUAUAGCAAUGAUGGUAACGAGACCCUCUUCAUCAUGAAGAAUCUGAUCUUCAUCUUCCUCUCCGCGUCACAGAUCUACUGGAUCCACAGAGCUAGAUGAAUUUGCGAAUGAGGAUAAACUGAACUCAGAUAUAUUUAAGGAAAGGAAACUGAAGACUUUUUACGGAAGACAUAUUUCGACGAUCAUCGACAGCUGCUUGUUAAGUUUCCCUGAUAUUUUAAUUUCUAACAGAGUCUCGUUGCCAAAAAUUGAAAGUAUUCCGAAAGAGAAAGAAAGAUGAUACUUCGUUCUUAAAACAAGAUAUCUUUGCGUUUGUUUUAAUCUUCAUCGGCUAUGUGUCCAGUUUUUGAUUUUUUAGCAAAUGCUUAGUUAAAUUCUGGAAGUAAAACCAAAUUAUGGUUUUGCAAAUUGUAAAUUUAAAAAGAAUGAUGAAGACUCGCUGUGAUUUUAAUUCGAUCGAAACUUGCAUUGUCUUUCCAGUUUCUCGUUGUUUUAUCAUAUAAUCAUCAAGAACCCACCUCGUUCACGACCUUUGCAAGGCACUUAUUUAAUUUAAUGUUCAAAGACGAUAAUGAUGCAAACACAAUAAAAUGUAAGGAAUGACACUAAAUUUUCGCUGCGAGUGAGUGCACCUUGCACGAUGAAAGUAGAAGUUAUGUAUAAAAUGGUUGUGACGGGGCAAGGUUUCAUUUAUUUUAGGGCCUUUUUGUAUCACCACAACAUGUGUGUUUGGGAGAAGAUCGAUUUCUGUUUGUGAGGUUUUAUUAAUUUUACCGCUCCGAACAUUAAUAUUGUGCUUUCUGUGUUUGGAAGUGUAAAAAGUUAGUAUUUGUCAAACUCUAUAAUCUUAUUCUAACAGUUAAUAAAAACAGUUAUGUAUAAAAAG